UCCGACUAAUACAUUGAACAGUUGUGUAGUGUAGUUUCUGUUUGUCCUGCUGGCUGUGGUUGCACAUAAGGGCACACGUGAUUCUGUGUUUCUUUUCUUAGUGAAACUAUAAAGAAGGACUUUGCUUUAAAUGCUGUCGGUUCGUUUUCUGCAAAGAGCAGCUGACGCGUUAAUAACAUCAAUAGCUAGUUGACACAGCAACGUUGGCCGGCAGACGUUGGUUAUCGCUGCUCUUAACAGAUGGCGGAGGACAGCGGGAAAAGUGAAGCUUCAGCCCGACAGGACAAAGAUGAUGGAGACGAUGAGAGCAGUCAGAAGACAGAGAGCGCUAACGGAGAAAACAGAACUGUGUCCAAAAAGCAAAGGAAGAAGCUUCUGAGGCAGCAGAAGUGGGAAGAAGAUAGGGAACGACGGAAGCUGAAACGCAAGGAGAGGAAGCAGCAGCGUCGGUUGCAGAGGCAUCAUCAUCAUCAUCAGGAGGACGAGGAGGGAGGAGAGGCCCAGAACGCCAGGAAGCGUCUACGCAGAGAGGUGACGCCUAGCUCGCUGAGGCUGGUGGUUGACUGCAGCUUCGACAACCUCAUGCUUAUCAAGGAUGUCCGGAAGCUUCACAGACAGGUCCAGCGGUGCUAUGCUGAGAACAGACGAGCCUUGCAUCCAGUGCAGUUUUAUCUGACCAGCCUGGGGGGCCAGCUGAAACAGAGCAUGGAUGAGAAGGACAAAGGAUGGGUCAACUGGAAGGACAUCACCAUUAAAACGGAGCACUACAGUGAAGUUGUUCCGCAGGAGGAGCUGGUCUACCUGACAUCAGACUCCCCCAACAUGCUGGAAGAGCUGGACCACAAAAAGGCCUAUGUGAUAGGAGGCCUGGUGGACCACAACCACCACAAGGGCAUCACGUUUGAGAGGGCGAAGGAGCUGGGGAUCGAUCACGCUCAGCUGCCUCUGAGCAACUUUGUCAAGAUGAACAGUCGGAAGGUUCUAACGGUCAACCAUGUGUUUGAGAUUGUCCUGGCUUACCUGGAGAAGGGCAGCUGGCAGGAGGCCUUCUUCACCGUCCUGCCUCAGAGGAAAGGAGCGGUGGCCGUCGACCAGGACGGAACAACUGUUCAGGGAAAAGAAGAAGAAGAAGAAGAAGAGGAGGAUUCAGACUCUAACCCCGACACACCAGACCAGCCUGAGAAAAGAGACUAAAAUGUAGUUCAAAUGGACAACUUCAAACAAAGUUCACAACGUGUGGAUACAUUGAUGCUGAGCCCAUGCUCCCAAGAGGGAUGUUUCUGUUGACAAAGCAUCUGUUUUUCUUUCUUCUAUUUCAAAUUUUUUUUUUUUUUUAACCACCUAUUUAUUGAGUUUUACUUUGUGCCUCCUGUAAUGGGUGAAAAUUGAGUUGAACAGCUAAUGUAAAUUUUAGUUUUGCAAGAUUCUUUCGGCAGAUAAUACACUUGUAAUUACAGAAAAUAAUUUAUUCAUAGAUUUUUAUUCCUUUUUUUCAACUCAAAGCUUAAGCUGGUCAGACUGGUGCUAAAUGUAUUCAUUUAAAAGAUUUGAAGCAGGAUAAAGUCAACACAUGAACAUUGUUAUCACCGUCCCUGGAAUUAUUGAAAUAUUAUGGAUUUUUGAAAGUAUAUUCACACAGCCUGCACAGUAUGCUAGAAGCUUAAAGUGAACAAGAUAAAAAAAGAGAUGAUGAGCUAGACCUAGUGCCAACCAGAAUGCACUGGAUGACAUUAGUAGCAUCAAUUCUGACUUUAUCAAAUGUGAUGAGUCAAGAGUGAAGUAGAAAAAGCUGUUUUGAGUUGAUGGCAAUCUGCGACCUCACCACUAGAUGUCACUGAAUCCUACACGCUGCUCCUUUAAGCAACACCUGCAUUAUGACCUGGUCUGGAGGCCCUGUCGCAUAGAGGUGCCUGAGUUUAAUUGUAAGGCCUUUAUUUUUUUAUAGUGCAUGAUUUAAAAAUGUUUUAUUAAUAAUUACAAUGUGAUACAUACACAGUGCAGGGAGUGGGCUUAGCUAGCCCUGCAUACAAGUAGAACAACAGAGAACAAACAACAUGAUACUGCGCUAUAUGCCAUCAGAAUAUAUUGAACUGUGACAGAAUACAUUUAUACAAAUCCAAUAUAAUUUAAGAGGUGAUAUAUACAACUAGAAAAAAAACACUGAAUCAAAUCUGACAAUUUACAAUAAAAUACGUG